UAAGCCCCGCCUACUUCCUUUAGGGGAAAAAAGUGCUCAGCUAUUUUUUUUUAGCUUACAUCUAGGUAUUUUUAGCUGUUAGCAGGACUUGCUAAGUUACUUUUCGAGUUUUCUUUUCUUUUUUUUUAACAACGUACACAAAUUGGUCGAAGUCCACGCGGUGAACGAGAGCAGUUACGCGGCUUUUGGAAAGUCACUAUGGAAGAAGUACAGCAUGGCAGCAAUGGCACUGAGUCACAGUCUACUACCAUUCCCACUACCAUCACAUCCGCUCAGUUUUCACAGAUAGCCCAACAGAUGUCGCUAGGUGGUUCUUCUGUGGCUGUGGUGCAACUUCCAGGUGGUCAAUUUCAGGUUCAAGGAGUGAUCCAGUCUGCGCAAUCAUCAGUCAUUCAGUCCCCUCAGGCACACAAUGCACAAAACCAGGGCACAGAUAGUGAUGACUCACAAGAUUCUUCAGACAGUGGAGCAACAGGCCAUAAGACCAGAGAAAUAUUGGCCAGGCGGCCCUCGUACAGAAAAAUCCUAAAUGACCUCUCUUCUGAGGAGGUAGCACACAUUGAGGGAAAGUUAAAUAGUCCAGCAUCCACAGGAAUGACAGGUGUUACAGUACCCACCACCCCCAUCUACCAGACCAGCAGUGGACAAUACAUAACAAUUGCAGCUAAUGGAACAAUUCAACUGGCUGCUCCAGGAUCUGAAGCCAUUCAGGGGCUGCAGGCUGUGGCUAAUGCAAGUGGAGGCCAGCAAGGCACUACCAUCCUUCAGUAUGCCCAGACCCCCGAUGGUCAGCAGAUACUGGUGCCAAGCAACCAGGUCGUUGUACAAGGUGCAGGGGGAGAGGUGCAGACAUAUCAGAUUCGUACAACUGCUGCAUCCAGCUCCCUGCCUCAGACUGUGGUCAUGACCACUCCUGUCGGACUGUCCCAGGGCAAGUCUGAUGACCCAACAAUGAAGAGAGAAAUCAGACUUGCAAAAAACAGAGAGGCUGCCCGUGAAUGUCGACGGAAGAAAAAGGAAUAUGUUAAGUGUCUGGAAAACCGCGUUGCUGUUCUUGAAAACCAAAACAAGACCCUGAUAGAAGAACUGAAGACAUUGAAGGACCUUUACUGUGAUAAAUCAGGAUAACCGGUUUGAAAGCAGGUCAGGGAUUGAGACCUAAUGUGGCAGCAGUACAGCUCAGCCAUUUGGACAUAUUGGGGUUUCUGGGAACACUUCGUUUCAGGCUGAGAUCCUCUUUUUUUUGUACUCUGUUUGAUACAAGACUUCAAGACAAGAUUUACUCAGCAAAAUAAGAAAAGGAGAAAUUGGCCAUUUUCUCACCUGCUGAUUUUUUAAAAAAAUGAUUGCUGAUUCUGUAUGUAUAGUUGUGUACAUUUUUAAUACUGGCAGGUUUGAAAUUAUGAGCUUUAACUAUGACUUUCUGUUUCUACUUGUAUCCUUGUUCAUUGGUGUUUGCCAUAAUGUCGCUGUUGAACUUUUGUUUCUUCUAACAACAUCUGCAAAAUUCUGCCUGGGACAUAACGUCAGACAGAAUAUUUGUUUAUAUCGCAAACCAGCAAUUCUCAUUUACAAUUGUCAUUCCUUAUUUUUGUGCAAUGGAAUAUCAAGAGUAACGGUAAACAUGACAUAUAGUGUGGUUUGUUAGGUUCUUUCUCGACAGUUACUUGUAGACAAUCAGGGAAAAGCACAGUGUCCAGAUAAUAUUUAUUAUGUUCAUCUCUGGAGGAGAGGGAACAGAACAAACCGUCUAUGAAUUGUUGCUCAGUUGAAAAGAAAAUAAAUAUAUUUUCACUCAAAAUAUACAACACAGUUAAUGUUUUUGUUAAUUAAAAAAAACAUGGACACAGUGCAAAAUGCCAUUACGAUAGUGUUAUUGGCAAUCAUUUAAUAGAGUAUCCCAUAAUAUGUGGUCUUAUCAUCAUGGCAACAUUUGGAGCCUCAAUUUGCUUCAGGUGAAGUUUAGAGAAACCGGCAGCUUCUAGAUCUCUCCAUGUUGCUCUGGUAGUCCUGCAUCCAUCCCCAAGGUAGUACCACAGAGGUUCCAGCACAUGCUGAAAGAAGAACGUCCAGGAGAACGGUUCAGAGACGACGUGCUCCAGAAAAAAGAAGGCUCCACCCUGAAAGAUAAAGCAGCAAAAAGCUGGUCAACUGAAUGCAUUUCUAUAUCGUUCUUAUUGUCAUCCUGAAAUUAAAUGCUGUCAUUUCACAUUAUCAAGAAAAUAAACAUCAAUACCUGACAAGUCUUAAAUGUAAUGAGAAAAAAAA